AUGCCUUGGCUAAAUAGGAUACUGGGGUUCCGUCGCGCGCCUCCUGUGAUCGGGCGUCUGAUGAAUAUUACCACCGAUCUGUACGCCAAGGCCACGGGCAAGCUGCUCAAGACGUUCUUCAUCUCGCCCGCGGAUAACCUGUGCUUCCACGGAAAAUGCAGUUACUACUGUGACACGGGCCACGCGAUCUGCGGGAACCCGGACAUGCUGGAGGGCAGCUUCGCCGCGCUGCUGCCGCACUCGGACGACGCCGAACGAAAGACGUGGAGGCAUCCGUGGAAGAGGGCCUACCACAAGCGCAGGAAAGCAACGUGGGAGGAGGACGAGAACUACUGCGAAAUGGUGCAAGAGAUUCCUCCGUACGACAAGGGCCGACGUCUGUACGACAUUAUGGACAUGGCCGUGCUGGACUUCCUGAUGGGAAACAUGGACAGACACCACUACGAGACGUUCGAGAUCUUCGGGAACGAGACAUUCCUGCUGCAUCUCGAUCAUGGCAGAGGGUUCGGGAAGUCGCAGAAAGACGAGCUGAGCAUCCUGGCGCCACUCUACCAGUGCUGCCUCAUCAGGGCGUCAACGCUGCGGACGCUCUACGGGUACCACACGGGCCGUAAGCUGUCGGACAGGCUACGAGAGUCACUGUCACGUGACCCACUAGCGCCCAUUCUAUUGGAGAAGCAUCUGGUGGCAGUGGAUAGGAGAGUUGGCAUAAUACUGCAGGUGGUGCAGAAGUGUCUGGACGCCAACGAUGUAGCCGAUACGGUGAUCUAUAACGACUUGCUAGUCUGAAGUCACCAUUAAGUCGAAUAAGAGAGUCCUUAGGAGUUUGGUUGGGCCUUGGACGGUCCUCAGGCAGGGCCUGGAAUUGGGUGGAUGUCUUAUCAGGAGUUUUUUUUUUAGGCCAGAUCUGUGACCUUGAGCCAGGUCUGAAAUGGUAUUCAUGUCGAGUCAAUCAGCCCUGUGGAUUGUGGAAUGUAUGGGUUCCAUGUGAAGUCAAGAACUAGCCGAGGGCUGGUCCCCAGGCCAAGUCAGGUACCGGUCUAAGCCUAAACUUGAGACGUUGCCCAGGUUUAAUCAUGGACCGACUUCAGGUCAAGUCAAGCUCAGGCCGAAAGAAUCGUAGUCAGGACCAAGCUCCCUCUUGUCUAUCGUCCGUGCGGGCACGCUUUGGUGUUAUUACGACCCCUCCUUGUUGGGCUGUUUGCAGAUGUACCCGUUUGUAUGUUUGUCUGCUCGUCGGGUGCGUGUGUUCAAUGGGUCAGUAGGUAUGUUUGCUGUUCAUGCCAGGUGUGAUGUGUAAAGGUGUGUCGCAUUCUGGGAAAGCAGUGUGUCCACUACUGGAUUAUAGGACAGUACUGGCGCUUUCGUAUCGGUACAGAGGCAUUUCGGGACCAGGUAGGAUCUUGGAAUAAGCGCUACCAGUCAAUGAAACGCCAGCAUAGCCAAGUGUAGUCAGCGAGGCUUCGUCUCGGAUACUAUAGAGACUGUCUAGGGGGUAGUUCUGGUGAGGCUCACCACUUCUAGGGGCCAGGGUCGCCGCGUAUCGGUCUUUCAGGAGGCUCGGUCACUGUCCCGCUGAUCGAGCGAUGUGGGACGCUGGCAUAUGCGGAGCUCCCGCUAAGCAUAUCGCGACGGGGGCCAAUGUGGGUCGAUGGUUCGGCUAUGGACGUGAUGUGCUGUACGAUUUUAGAAGCAUCGCCGACAGUGAAGUGAUCGGUGAGGUUGUCACUGCUGCUAUUCUGUGACCGCUCAUAACCAGAGCUGCCAUAACACUGUUACCAUUCAAUAUCGGUAGUUCAUACGGUUUAGAAUUACGAGCUGAAAACUAGAAACCUAUGAGCGGUUUAGCUCACCAGCGACAAUAUUUAAAG